UGAACCCGGGAUUUCAGUCCCCCACCAAAAAAGAAGACACGAGGCAGAAGAAGAAGUUUGAGUAGGAAAUGAAGGAGUGUGCGGGACUCACUUCAGUCCGGCAUGUGAAGCAGAUUCUGUCUUCAUUUUAAACUGUGUCUGCAUCUCCACACCCUCCAUGUUUACCGAGCUGUGAACCACCACAGUCCGGGAUGUUCUCCUGCUACAGCAGCAGCUCGGAGGAGGAGGAGGAGGAGACACCGGAUCAGACUCACAGCACAGGUACCCCUCUGAAGACUGAGGAGGAGGAUGACAGCCCAGCGAGGAAGAAGCCCAGAGUUCAGGAGCAGGCUGUGGACAAAAGGUACAGGGUGUCCAACAGGCUGCCUCUCCCUGGUUGCCUGUUGACCAUGUUUCCAGAUGAAGUGGACUCACAGUCUGAAGAAAGUGGUCUUCAUGGUGGACGCAUCCGCUCCUUCAAACAUGAAGAUGGAAACUGGUCCACUUAUGUUUAUUUACCAUACCACCCUGAGGAAGAGUUCAGGCUGUUGUUAGAAGAGCUGCUUUCUACAGCGAGGGCUCGUGGUGUGGAUCUGAACCCACAGGAGGAGUUCCACCUCAGCCUGUCUCAGACCGUGGUGUUGAGACACCACUGGAUCCAACCCUUCACACAGAGUCUCAAGGCUGGCUUUGUUCACUGCAGGAGGUUUGUGUGCUCAGCCGGGAAACUGAAGACUUAUUGUAACGCCGAAGGAACAAGGACGUUCCUGGGGAUGGAAGUGACGAGCGGGCAUCCUCAGUUGUUGGACCUGGCCAAAGCAGUGGAUGGAACAAUGACAGAGUUUAACCUGGACACUUUCUAUAAGGAUCCAUCUUUCCAUGUGAGUUUAGCCUGGUGUGUUGGAGACAAGAGGAAACAGAUGAAGGAAGGCAUUCAAGAUCUGCAGAGUCUCGUGGACGAUCAUGAGGAAGGACCAUUUCUGCUAAUGUUGGACUGCGUGGAGGUGUUCUGCAAAACAGGAAACAAGACCUUUCGUUUCCCUCUGGAGCGCUAACAUUUCACAUGUAGUAUAAGUUUGGACCUGAAAGAUGUUUCUGCAUCCUCACCAGAGCCUGGGUGAAAAGACUUCUGAUGACUGAGUCCACGCUGCGGUGCUGGGAGGACUCACCAAUGCAAUGCAAUGCACUCCUGCUUUGGAUGACAAAGCGUUAUCAUCACAGUCUUUUAAGAUAUGUGAGAGACUGUUUCUACAAAGUCAGUCGUGGAGAUCGCAGGAACAUUGUUAUGAUUGUGAUGUUCAUGUACUGAAGACAGGCGAAAGCUUUGGAGCAACACCAGAGAUGCACGGACUAACGGGCGGCAGACACAAACGUUUUUUUGUAACUUUUCUUAAAUGAUUAAAAUCAAAGUUCCCUUUAAAACAUUGUUAAA